UGAAGACAGGUCAAACCGUGGCUAUAAAAUAAUGGUUCUCCCGCGAGAGCACAGAUCUGGCAGAGACUUCAGUACCUUCAGUAGGCAGAGCAGAUUUUAAACGAAAGAAAAUAAAUAAUGGCUCACAAAGUCCAUUUCUCAAUUGUCGUCCUAAUUCUUUUAUGCUGUGAUGCCCAAGGAGUCUCAGAGGUUGAGGUUAGUAUAAGUUAUAAGGAAAGGGAAGAAUAUUCGCGAUUUGGACUUCUACAGAAUUCCACAAACGGAAGCUCAGGAAACCCAGCAACUUCGACUUCGCACCAGACAAUAAGAUAUAGCUGUCCAUCGCCUUACGAACUCAUCGUCACGUAUUGUCUUUAUAUGAAAUGCUUAGAGUACGACAGUGCUCUUCAGGGAUGGGAGGUCGCUCGGCAGUACUGCCAGUCUCUAGAUGGGGAUUUGGCGUGGUUUGGGGAUAAAGAUCUGCCCCUAAUCAUGACUUAUUUGAAUGUGAAUAAGCCGUAUUUUGAUCAUUGGGUCGGUGGCAGGCGAUAUAAUUCCACGUCAGACUUUGAGUGGGUGAAUGGCCAGAAACUUCCCGAUACUUCCUCAUCCGUGUGGGAUUACACAGAUAAUGCAAACUGGAAUUGCGUAUCACUUUCUGUCCUUAAAGAUAAUCCAGUAACGGGCUGCUCUAGGAGCAAGAGCCCGUGCCAGCACAAGGCUGGCUCAAUCUUCAACAACAACAGCAACACCAUCUCUUCGCUUCUGCUAACCAGCCAAGAAGAUGACCUACGAGAAGGUUGAAACGUUGCGAUAAGCCAGAGCUAUACCAGCAGUAAUACCAGCUGAAUACCAGAGACGACCCCGGCCUGACAUUGACCUCUCUUACGGAAUGAUACCAACACCGACGACGACCCCUGCUUGAUCUGAAUCAGAGGAACGCCUUCCCAUAUACCAGUAUUUUUUUUGAUAAUACCAGUAUACUGAUAAUACCAGUCUUUGAUUAACAAAGCCUGUUCUGAAUAA